AAAAAGAAAACCUCUAAAGCCCUAAAUAAGUUGGGAGCCACGACGAGCAGACAACUAUUCUCUUUGGCCGGUAAUAAAAUGGCUUCUGUGAUGUUCACCGACUGCUCCUCCAUCUCUUCAACUCUCCUACACGUUAACGGCCGCAGAGGCGCCAUUCUCUUCCCUCACUGCGUUGGCCAGCUCCGCCUCCGGAGCACUGCCUCUGCCCGUGGCUGCUCCAUCUCCAUCCGCUGCUCUUCUUCUCCCUCUUCUGCCACGUCAGUUGAUGGGAAGGCUGUGGCUAAAACCAUUAGAGAUGAGAUCACACUCGAUGUUUCGAGGAUGAAGGAAUCUAUCGGCGUGGUUCCUGGAUUAGCCGUGAUUCUUGUUGGGGACAGGAAAGAUUCGGCCACCUAUGUGAGGAACAAGAAGAAAGCCUGUGAAUCCGUUGGAAUCAAAUCGUUAGAAGUUCGUCUAGCUGAAGAUUGCUCUGAGGAACAAGUGUUGAAAUCCAUCUCGUGCUUCAACGAUGAUCCAUCUAUCCAUGGAAUCCUUGUUCAGUUGCCUCUUCCAUCGCAUAUGGAUGAGCAGAACAUUUUGAAUGCGGUUAGUAUAGAGAAGGAUGUUGAUGGAUUCCACCCGCUAAAUAUUGGACGGCUUGCCAUGCGUGGUAGAGAACCGUUAUUCGUUCCGUGUACUCCUAAGGGGUGCAUCGAGCUGUUGCAUAGAUACAACGUUGAGAUCAAAGGGAAGAGAGCGGUUGUUAUCGGAAGGAGUAACAUUGUCGGUAUGCCAGCUGCUCUGUUACUGCAGAGGGAGGAUGCAACUGUUUCCAUUAUCCAUUCAAGAACCAAGAACCCUGAAGAAAUCACACGGGAAGCUGAUAUCAUAAUCGCAGCGGUUGGGAAACCAAACAUGGUUAGAGGUAGCUGGAUUAAACCGGGUGCAGUCAUUAUUGAUGUUGGGAUUAAUCCUGUCGACGAUCCAAAUGCUCCACGUGGAUAUCGUUUGGUUGGAGACGUGUGUUACGAGGAAGCUUGCCAAAUUGCAUCAGCCAUCACACCUGUACCUGGUGGUGUAGGACCAAUGACCAUUGCUAUGCUUCUGUCCAAUACCCUGAUAUCGGCAAAGAGAAUUCACAACUUUGAGUGACCUUGUAGGAAGAUUGAUGGCUUUUUUUUUUUUUUUGGAAUUAAUAAGGCUUUUCUCAGGAUACAAUAGUCUUUUAUAAAAUGUCUCUUUUUUUUGGUUGUAUGAAACCAAACAUGUUCUUUUGAUGGAAGGAAAUGGCCUUUUGGAUUUAACAA